GCACUUGAAUUACAAAAACUCCUGGUUCGACGUCGAAUUGAAAAUAAAAAUUCUUCAGAUUUGCUUUUACUACUGCAACAUCCUCCAACUUAUACAACCGGAAGAAGAAAUGUGGGAAAAACUAUGAAUGAAGAAGCAACUUAUUUAAAGAAAUUAGGUGCUCAAUAUUUUGAAACUUUACGCGGCGGUCAAACAACAUUCCAUGGACCUGGUCAAUUAGUUGGUUAUCCAAUUUUAGAUUUAAGAAAUUUUAAGCUUUCCGUACGAUGUUAUGUUGCAGCCAUCGAACGCGUAAUUAUCGAUACAUGUGCUGCAUACGGCGUUGCCACAUCUACUACUAAAAAUACUGGCGUUUGGGCUGGAGAUGAUAAGAUUUGUGCAAUUG